UGCCAGCAACAGCCCCAGUCAUGCAGAUGGAAAUAGUGCAGUGUUGCCUGCUCCAAAACAGAGUGGACUUUCUGCCAUGGACCUCUUGAUCAGUACUCUCUUUGUGAUGCUCACCUGCUGCUACAGGGAUGCAGAAACUCGAAAAUAUCGUUCUGUUCUCACUGUGCCAAAUGGAGCCCCAUGGGGUACAUGGGGCAAACCACAAUUCUGUACAAAAGGAUAUGCAAAUGGAUUCACCUUGAAGGUACAGGCAUACCAAGGUCCCCAGGCAUGGAAUGAUGAUACAUCCUUGAAUGCCAUUGGUCUUCUCUGCAAUGAUGGCCAAACUAUUUCAUCCUCAAUUGGACCAUUUGGAGCAUGGACAAAGCCUGAGAUGUGUCCUAAAGGGAACCUGAUUGGCUUUUCAUUAAGAGUAGAAGGUGAACUUGGGCCUGUAGUAGAUGAUUCUGCAGCUGACAACAUCAGAUUCAACUGUGACGAAGGAUAUGUUCUGACAGGCCAGUCACGGGAAUGGGGUAGUUUUGGGAAAUGGAGCCCAAGCUGUAUUGUUGGUGCCAUAUGUGGGAUUCAGACAAAGGUGCAGCUUGAAAAAGGUACUGGUGAUGACACAGGACUUAAUGAUGUGAAAUUCUUCUGCUGUGACUGA